UAAAUCUUCGGAGAUGAAGUUUUUGUAACGUAGCCUAAGUGAAGCAGCCAUAUGUGACCGCAGCUGAUUACACAGGCUGUGUAACACAGCUGACACACUCAAUCUCAACCGUUAAUACAGAGUAGUGGUCAUGUACCUCUUUCGCUAGAGCGAAAACGGAAAAAGUUACAUGAUCGCUAUCCUGCUCACUUCGGAAUCGACGGAAUACAUUCUUCUUUUUUAAUUUUGGCUCCUGUCUUUAGAAAAUCAGGAAAAUUAAUAGCGCUACAACGAAGUACAGAGUGUCGAAAGUUGGAGCAAGAUUGGAAUAUGUUUAUUUUUUACGACACUGGAGCGGUCCAAAUAUAGAAGUGCAGAAGUGAUGGUAGGGAUCCGAUUUGGUGGUGGGGGUUCGAUGUCGGGUCUCUUUAUAUAUAGGACUCUAAUUUAGAGAGAGAGAGAGAGACACUGUCCAACUGCACACAUCAUAGGGAUAAAGUUUCAUGAUUGGUAUCCUGCAGGAAAACAAACAUCGUGUGCCGCAGGCUGAAGCAAAUCGAACAGACCUCAUGUUAUCCUUUCUAUCAUGGUGAAAUCUGAUAAAAUUGCUUCCAUGCUUUCAUGAUGCUCUAGCUGGAAAAACAGAUUGUGAUAGUUAGAUAAAGAUUUUUAAAAUAUUUUUUUAUGUAAUUACAUAAAGCCAGAAUGCAGGUUUCCGCACCAAAUAAUAUAAAAAUCUAUAAUCUCAGCUCUGGAAAAUCCCUUCCUGAGUGGUUAUCUGAACGAAAACGAAGAAGUUUAUCGAAGAAUGUCGAUAUACGACGACGUAUUGAACUUAUACAAGAUUUUGACAUGCCUGGCAUAAGCACAUCUAUUAGAGUUUCUAAAGAUGAACAAUACAUUCUUGCAACAGGAAUUUAUAAACCACGUGUAAAAUGUUUUGAUGUACAUAAUUUGGCAUUGAAAUUUGAAAGAUGUUUUGAUUCUGAAAUAAUUACUUUUGAAACAAUAUCGGAUGACUACAGCAAAAUAGUAUUUCUGCAAUGCGAUCGUAGCAUUGAGUUUCAUGCUGCUCAUGGAAAGUAUUAUAAGCUCAGAGUACCAAACUUUGGAAGAGAUCUAAAAUAUCAUUAUCCAUCAUGUGAUGUUUUCAUAGUAGGCGACAGUAAUAAGAUAUAUAGGAUAAAUCUCGAACGUGGUCAAUUUUUGCAAUCGUUUGAAACGGAAGCUACAUCGAUAAAUAAGUGCGAGAUAAAUCCGUUGCAUCAUUUACUCACAGUUGGCACUCAGGAAGGAAAAAUAGAAGCUUGGGAUCCGAGAGUGAGGAAUAAAGUGGGCAUACUUGAUUGUGCCCUACAUUGCAUUACUCAAGAGAAGUUGGAAACAGUUCCCUCAAUUACUACCUUGAAAUUUCAAGGAGGAUUGAAUUUAGGAGUUGGUACAUCAACUGGACAUGUAUUGAUAUAUGAUAUAAGAUCUAAUAAACCAUUUUUAGUUAAAGAUCAUAUGUAUGGAUUACCAAUCAAAUGUAUAGAUUUCCACCAAAAGAUGGAUCUUGUUUAUUCGAUGGACAGUUCCAUUGUAAAAAUAUGGAAGAAGGAUAGUGGUAAACUUUAUACUUCUAUAGAAGCUUCUCAACAUAAUUUCAAUGAUUUAUCUGUCAUACCGAACAGUGGUAUGUUGCUGACAGCUAAUGAAAGUGUGAAAAUGCAAGUAUAUUACAUUCCCAGUCUUGGCCCUGCCCCAUACUGGUGCAGUUUCCUUGACAAUCUUACGGAGGAAUUGGAGGAACUGAAUUAUGAUAUCAUCUAUGAUGAUUACAAAUUUGUAACUGAUAAAGAAUUGGACGAAUUAAAUCUUUCACAUUUGAAGGGCACUAAUUUACUCAGAGCUUAUAUGCACGGCUACUUUAUGGAUAUCCGAUUAUAUAAGAAAGCAAGGGAUGUAAUGAAACCAUUUGAAUUCGAAGAAUACAAAAAGAAGAGAAUUCGUGACAAGAUUAAAGAGGAGGCCGUCAACAGAGUACAAAUACAAAAGUUACCAAAUGUGAAUCAGGAGUUGGCGUUGAAACUGAUGGAGAAUACAAAUAUUAAAAAUAAAAAGAAACAAACGUCUUCUAAUCUGCUGAAAGACGAACGAUUUAAAGCUCUCUUUAACAAUCCUGAUUUCCAAGUAGAUAAAAACUCCGAAGAAUACGCUUUAUUAAAUCCUGUUGUCUCUCAACUUAUUAAAAAUAAAGCUAAAAAAUUGAAACGACAAUUGCCAAAUGAAGAAGAAGAUGAACAAGAAGAUAAAAUUUAUGAGGAUAAAUCAAAAGGCAAUAGUUCUGAUGAGAGCUUUAUCCAUGACAGUUCUGACAAUGAUAGCUCAGAUGAUGAGAAACAGUGGGUUAAAGAAGUUCAAAAAAAUUAUCGAUUAAUAAAGAAAAACGAAAGAGAAAGAGAACAGCAGAAUGAAGAUAAUAUUAACCUGAUUCCAAAGUAUGAAUUGAAGAUAGAUAAAAUUAAGAAUCAAGUCAAGUUCGAAGAUGGUGGUCCGCAAAAGAAAAAACAGAAUAAAGCAACGUUCGGUGCAAGAUUGGAAAAUGAAGAAACGCACAAUAUAAAAGUCUCCGGUUCGCGUGGUAGUAAAGAGAUGACUUUUGUUAUUAGAAAAAAAAAACAACAUCCGGAAGUAAAACGUCGCAGAAUAGAAUACAAUGUGUUACGACCCGCAGGAAGUAUUUUAAGGAAGAAAUGCUAAUGUAUUUACAUUUAUGUAUUUACAAAUGUUAAUAUUAAAAAUAAAAAUGUUAAUUUAUUAA